AUGGCCACCCAGAUGGCCUUUGCAAGAGCCUUGGUGGACCUCUUGCAGAAUGUAGUCGACGUCUUCCGCUCUGACGCACUUGAGAAAGGGCCUGGAGAAGACUCUCUUGUAAAGUUGAUCCCCGAUCAAGCUCGGAAAUCUUUGAAGCUUUGUAUCGAGCAGUCUGACAGUCUUCAGAACCAGCGCUGUGCCAAUCCAGAAAGCGAGCAUCAUCUGAAGAUGAUCCCUGCUUCUGAUGCGCUUGGGCUAUCUCCAAGGGGGUUUGGAACAAAGCUCGAUGGAAGGGGAUCGGCGCGGGCGGCGCUUCCUCCUGUGUACCGUCAGCCUUCGGUUCUAUUCCCACAUGAAGAUUUUCUCCACUCCGUCUUCCAGCCCCGCUCAUCUGCCGGUUGCCGAUGUUGCAGACAUUCAUCACUGUCGGCAGACAAGGCGGCGCUGUCCGGUACGGUCAUGGAUCUCAAGAAAGAUUUUUACAUGAAUUCCGGCGCCGACAACAACAGCUACGCCCGCAACUCUAAGAUCCAGCAUUCUCCGGGAGUGCAGGGAUUGAUCAUAUCCAAAUCCAAAAGCAAGCGCCGGGAAGCGGCGGUGGCGGCCUACCUAGGCACCGGCCGGCCGGCGACUAUGAGCGUUGCGGACUUGGGGUGCUCCUCCGGCCCCACGGCGUUGCUCGCGGUGGAAGACAUCAUGGCGGCGGUCGAGAGGGCGUGCGUGGAGCUGCACCGCCGGCCACCGGAGUUCAAUCUGCUCCUCAACGACCUCUACGGCAACGACUUCAACGCUGUCUUCAGAUCCUUGCCGGAACUCAACUCGCGGAGGCCGGGAAAAGGCCUCUGCUUCGUCACCGGCGUGCCCGGCACGUUCUACGGCCGGCUGUUCGCCGCCAAGAGCCUGCACUUGGUCUGCUCCUCGUCCAGCCUCCACUGGCUUUCUCAGAUGCCUGAAGAACUUCAACAGAAGGAAGGAUCGCCGGCGGCAUGCGUGAACAAAGGGAAGGUGUUCAUAUCGGCAGGCAGUCCUCCGUGCGUGGCGGAGGCUUACCGGAAGCAGUUCCACAGAGAUUUCGCGACCUUUCUCCGGUGUCGCGCAGAGGAGAUCGUGAGGGGUGGGUUGAUGGUGCUGGCGUUCAUGAGCAGGAAGAACAGAGAGGCCGCCCUGAUGGAGGACCGUUACAUCUGGGGGCUACUCGAAGAUGCACUCAACGCCAUGGCCUCCGAGAAUCUGGUGGCGCAGGAGAGGAUCGACUCAUUCGACGCUCCCUUCUACGCGCCGUCGAUGGAAGAGUUAGAGGAGGAGAUCGAGGGCGAGGGAUCAUUCUGCAUCCGAAGCUCCGACCAGUUCCUAGUCAGGUGGGACGACGACGAUCAGUACUCUGGCACCGGCGGGGAGGCGAACGUGACGGCGAGGCCGGUCACGCACGCCGUGCGCAUGGCGAAGGGGGUUAGGGCGGUGGCGGAGUCGAUGCUGAGGAGCCACUUCGGGGAAGGCUUCGGCAUGGACGAUCUCUUCUGCAGAUACGGCGGAUUACUGGCGCAGUAUUACGCGGAUAGCGAGGCGGCGGUGACGAACGUGGUGAUCUCUCUGGUGAGGAAGUGAGGGAGAGAGCGUCUGAAGGUCGCAUCGCAUGGCGGUGAAGAAGAAAUAAAUCGGAUUAAUUCCUAGCCAGCUUUUUGUUUUUGAUAAUUUCAGACUAUAUUACAAACUUAAAUAAUCUUCUUUCUUGA